UCCCCUUCUAAUCACUCAUCUCUCUAUUAGAAAAAUUAAGUAAUUAUGUUGUCUACUGUACCGGCCUUUUCCUUCCUGGAACCGGGUACGGUUAAUCAAUUUUCGGGUUUCCAAACUGGAUUCACUCCUUGGGAGUGGGACUGCUUUGAUCUCUUUUCCGUGAACCAAUUGUCUAUUGAACCGGCCGUUCCCAGCCCUUGUUAUGGUGAAUCCAACUCUGGUCUCGUUAGAACUAAUUCUGGUUUUGAUGAUAAAACCGGUUCUGACGAAUCUUGUGCCGGUUUCACCAAACCCGGUUUUGACGACACCGUCAGUUCACAGUGCCUCCUACUAUGCACUCAAGGAGAAAAACCGGACCCGGACGACCCAGAACAAUUGACAGCCAUCGCCAAACCUGAUUCAGGAGAGCAGAAUCAUAACCGGAAUAAACUGAUCAAUCCGGAGAUGACCGACGAGAGGAAGAGAAAGAGAAUGGAGUCAAACCGGGAAUCAGCGAGACGGUCAAGAAUGCGUAAGCAGAGUCACAUUGAUAACUUAAGGAACCAAGUAAAUCAGCUGGAUCUGGAAAACCGUGAGCUCGGUAACCGGCUCCGGUUAGUUAUAUACCACCUUCAACAAGUGAACACGGACAAUAACAGGCUCGUGACGGAACAAGAGAUGCUCCGGUUAAGAUUCUCGGAGAUGAGGCGGAUUCUGAUUCUCAGACAACUUCAACAACAACAACAACAGUGGGAACUCAAUAACAGGAGAAUGAUCAUGUAUGAACAAAACCCAUCUACGAUCAUAUGAUUUAAGUAAAUAAAAGAUUUGAAAAUCUAGAACAUUAAGAUCAAAGAAAAAAAAAUAUCUCUCUAUGUAGAUGAAAGGUUAGGAAGAGAAAAUGAUGGUUUUCGAAUUUUCCUUUCUAUUUGCAACUCAGAGAGAAGAAUGAAAAAAACUUUUUUUCUGUUCCACUAUCGUAGGAA